AUGGGCAAUGGAGGCUCCAAGCAAGAGCAGCACGUCUUCAAUGCCGAUGCGCCGGUGAGAUUCAGCCAGAACGUCGUCGACUCCCUCCAGAACAGCGCAGAGACGGACUCAACCCGCGCGCAAGACUACGAGCUCAAAAUCCAAUCGCGAGUGAACAGCGAGCUCAAAAAGCUGCGCGACGAGCAAAGUCGCAAACUCGCCGACCUCACCUCCUCCCUAUCAUCAUCCUCCUCCUCAUCCGAUACCAAAAACGACUCCCCCCUCUCAAAAGUCCUCCCCGACAAAGAAACCAUAACAUCCCACCUCUCCUCCCCCUUCUCCUCCUCCAACGACACCUCCUCGAAAGACUCCACCUCCCGCUCACACGACAGCGUGCAAAAAGAAAUAAUGACUCUGCGCGCGAAACUCGACGCGCGCAAGAAACUCGAGAAGCCUAGCAAGGAAGUGGAGAAGGCGAAGGAGGAGCUGGUGCGGUGUUUGCGGACGAAGGAUCGGCGGCCGCUGGACUGCUGGGAGGAGGUGGAGGCUUUCAAGGCGGAGGUGGGGAAGUUGGAGAGGGCUUUUGUAGAGCGGGCGGGGAGAUGA